UUUAAAACUCCAAGGUCGACAAAUUAUUUUCAUUCGCUUUGCAUGUUGGCUGUUGGCUGGCUGGCAAAGAAUAGCUGGAUUUUGAUUAUUUAAGAUUGUAUUAUAUAGUUACACAGCACAGCAAGUGUAUAUAUGGCUGUAGAUUCGUUAGCAAAGACGGCUGCCAUAGUAUUAGAAAGAAACUACACGUCGAAUAUGAAUGUAAACAAAUGUCCUACGAUACUGACAGCUCUACCAGCCGUUGUGAACGAAGGAAAACAAACAACAAUCAGAACAAGAGAUGCUGUAAAAAGAGCCAAGCUAAGACGAGAACGAGCUGAACUUGUAAAAUAUUUAUACAAUAUAAUGGACACAACACGUCAAACGAGUUACUCAGAUCCGACAACUCCAAGUGACAGCGAAUUGAUAAGCGAAUCAGACGAAUUGCUAGACGGCUACGAUUAUGAUUUAAAAUUUCACCGACGAAAGACAACGAUUUCCCGUCGCACGAAGCGUGAGCGAACACCGGCAUCGAAGGAACAGAAAUUCGUAGACUUUUGUCGGGAGUGUGAAACGCCGGAGAAUAUCACGCUAGAACGAGGCCGGAAGAAAGCAAUUCGGGUUAAAUUCUAUAAAUGUACUAAGCAAAUGUCACGGGAUGGUAACUGUCGGCAACAGAAUCUAGAACAUAAGGCUAACAUAGAGAAAAAAUUACGAAAACUUGGCUUAAAACGACUGGAAGAAAUUGCAAGGCAAAAUUCUGGAAACACCAGUGGAGAUCGCGAUCACUCAGCUGCAGAAAGGUUUGCACUUCGUAACGAAAAUGUCCCUAAAGAAAUGCAAGAUAUGGUCAGUUACCUACUCAGUUUACAAUUCAGAGACGUUACUCCAGAAGAUUAUGAAUUUCUUUUGCGGCUAGAUGAAUCUGUUCCGACCAAAACGGUCUCCGACAGCCGACUAGCUUGUUUGAGAGAAGAUAGAGCAAGCGAGGAACACGUGCAUGACAUUUGCGGUGUUUGUAUGGAGUAUUACGAGGCUGGACAAACGCGGAAGAUUUUACCGUGCGAACAUGUAUUUCAUUCGAACUGCAUUGAUACGUGGUUGGGUCAAUCCUCGACCAAAUGUCCUUUGGACGGCCGUGAAAUAUAAAAUUGUGUAUGCUUUAUGUAUUGUUAGUUUAAAUAAUUUGAUAUUUGUAUAGUUUUAUAUUUGUGUAAAUAUUUGAAGUUGGAGAAUUUAAUAAU